CUACUCCACCCACCCGCUCACUGCACCUUGUCCCUGCAGCUCGCCUCGCUGCAGCUGUCGCACCGCGCUCUUGACGGUCACUCUGCCGCCAAGCCGUAUAUCGCAGCACGCGGCGCCUUCAGCGAGCCUCUGCCUGUGCGACCUCCUCCACUCGCAGGCGCGUGGCGCAUCAGCUGCGAUGGACCUCUUCGCAGACGACGCCGCACCGGCGACACAGUCACGCGCCUCGUCGCCCCAGGCGUUCCAGAUCAACGAGGAGUAUGCGCGGCGCUUCCAGCACAACAAGGAGCGCACCGAGCUGCACCAGCUGCAGGAGCGCUACGGCAAGAGCGCAGACGGCGCCGGCGUCGCGGGUGCGGCCGAGAGCGACGGCGACUCGAGCAGCUCCGACGAGACGGAGGACGACGACGGCGAGCAGGUGACGGCCGACGUCGACGCCGCCAUCCUGCGCACGCUGGCCAAGAUCCGUGGGCGCGACGAGAGCAUUUACGACGUCUCGAAGCGCGUCUUUGAUGAUGAGCGGGCACUCGCUUCGAAGCUGCCUGCCAUGCCCUCGAGCUCCCGCUCGGCGACCGGCAAGCGCGUGACGCUUGCCGACUAUCAGCGCACGCGCAUCCAGGACCUGAUCAAGACGUCGGACGAUCCUGCACGCGCGCUCGCCGAGGCGACGACGGCCGUGCCUCGCGGCCCGAUGGAGGACGAGUCUACGCGGCUGGCACCGGCAGCCGAGGCAGAAGCGCUGCGCAAGGAGGUCACCGCAGCAUUCCACGCCUCAGACGAUGAUGACGGCGACGAUGGCUUCUUCACUCGGCGGGACGGCGCUGGCGAUGAGGAGGACGACCCAGCUGCGUACAAGCGCUUCCUGCUCGGUGCUCUGGGUGAAGACAACGAGCGGCGAGUGCGCGAGAUCCUGCGCGCGCAGAUGGACGAGGCGGGCGAGGGUGAUGAUGCUGAGGGCGAGUCAAAGCUCUCCCUCACAAGCAAGGCCAAGGAGGAGCGCCGUGAGCGGAAACGCCAGGCGAAGCUGGCCAAGGCGGAGGCACAAGAUGCCGGCAGCAAGGCGGCUGAGCGGGCGAAUGAGGACUUCUUGAUGGACUACAUCCUCAAUCGAGGCUGGCUCGACAAGGGUGCUGCUCCAUCGCGCAAGCCUACGCGCCUCAGCAAGCCUGCUCCGGCAGCGCCAGCGGCGGUCGACAAGGAUGAGGCCAUGUCUGUGGACGAGGCGUCAGACGGCGAGGGCGGCCGAGACUGGGACGCCGAGGCGGCCGAGCUCUCUUCGGAAGCGUCGUUCGACUCGCGAGCUGAGGCCUACGAGACUGCCUACAACUUCCGCUUCGAGGCGCUGGAGGCAGGCGAUGUGGGCACGCAGAUCCAGAGCUUCGCACGCAACCCGGUCGGCACUGCGAGGCGUGUGGACGACAAGCGCAAGCGCGAGCGAGAGGAGCGCAAGGCGCGCAAGGAGGCCGAGAAGCGGAAGAAGCUCGCAGACCUGGAUCGCCUGGCCGACCUCAAGCGCCGCGACAUCGUGGACCGCCUGAAGAAGCUGAAGGAGAUGACGGGCAGCGAGAACAUCGAGCUCGGCGGCCUCGACCUCGACGGCGAGUUUGACCCGGAGGCGCACGACCGCGCCAUGCAGGGCGCAUUCAACGACUCGUACUACAACGAGAUGGACCCGACACUGCGCGGCAUCGACGACGACGACGCGUACCCCGAGAAGCCCAUCUGGGACGACGACAUCGACAUCGGCGACAUCCUGGCGGACGAGGAGGCGCGCACUGCGCACGCUGGCUCGUCCGGCAAGGACAAGAAGGCCAAGGCCAAGUCUGCAGCGCUCGCGGAGGGUGAGGACGACGGCCCGAUCUCGAUGGACGCCGACUUCCUGGAUGGCGAGCAGGAUGGCGCGGCCUCAGGCACGCUCUCCAAGAAGGACCGCAAGAAGCUCAAGAAGAAGCUUAAGGCGGCCGAGAAGAAGCUGGCCAAGCCAGCUGCGCAGGGCGACGCAGGCGUGGAGGCAGACGACAUGGAUGCCGAUCUCACCGCUGCGCAGCCGAGCGAUCCGGCCGAGCGCAAGCGCAAGGUGCAGCAGGCCGUCGAGGAGUACUACAACCUCGACUACGAGGACGUGGUGGGCGACGUCGCCACGCGCUUCAAGUAUGCGCCGGUCGAGAAAGAGACGUACGGCCUCACGCCCGUCGAGAUCCUGCUGGCCGACGAUGCCGAGCUCAACGAGGUCGUCGGCCUCAAGCACAUCCAGCCGUACCGCCGCGGCGCGAAGAAGCCGGCGGACCACGCGCGGCGCCUGGCCGAGUUCCGCCGCAACUUCGCUCGGCGCCACGCCGACGAGCUCGCACUCACCGGCAAGGACGCCGCGGCCAGUGUGCCGCCGCCGCCGAAGAAGCCUCGUCUCGGCAAGAAGGAGCGUGAGAAGCUCAAGGCAGCGGCUGCCGCGUCGCAAGGCGAGGCCUCCAGCUCAGGUCCGGCGCCAGCUCCGGCGAAGGACGCGGCCGCAGCUGCACCCGCAGCUGGUGAGGAUGAGGAGGCUCGCGCGGCACGCAAGCGCGAGAAGAAGGAGCGCAAGCGGCUUGCCGCACAGCAGGCAGAGGCAUGAUGAUGUGCAGACGAAUCGCAUGCUAUUCGCGCGUGCCAGCGCCCUGCGAUCUCCAUCAUGUCUGCGCUCUAGAUGUCCCAGCCCAGCCGCUCCGCCCAUCCCUGUGUGCUCAACGCGUUUGCGAUCUGCU